AAGUGAAUUUGAAGUUAAAAUGGUACGAAUUCAACAAUUAGACAAUAGUAAUACGAUUACCUAUGAUGAUAAUGUUAGAAUUAGUAUUUUAUUUGAUACAAUAAGACAAUCCAUAUGUCUUUAUAUUAUGACUAAUGGAAAGAAUGUAUAUACACAAAAAUUGAAUGAUUUAAAAUGGCUUUCUGAAUCGUCAACAAAUGGAGUAGCAACAAUUCGUUCAUCAACUGCUACGAUUGUUAUUAUAUACAAUAAAAACAAUGAGUCAUUACUUCAUUUAUUUGAUAAUCUACAAGCAUCUCUGGAACACGAGACAAGAACAACAUUAUCUCAUUCAAUUUCAUCACAAUCAAAUCAAGUAUUUCAACCAUUUGCGCAUGUCUUGGUUUCGUUGUCAAUUGAUUGCAGUCAAUUAGAAACGAUGAUUGAUGAUCUUCUUAGAUCGAUUACUACAGGUUCUUUAAAUAAUGCUGAAUGUAUUACACGACAAUUAGCAAAAUCGCAAGUCGAUGUUCAAUUUAAUCUACUUAAUAAAAAUGAUAAUCAAGAUAUGAAAAUAACUCAAUCAAAAUCAAAUGAUACUAUUGUAGAAUCUUCAGAUUCUAUUAUUCAAUUAACACUUCAUAUUGAAUGUUCAACAAAGGAUGAUCCUAUAAUAGCGCCUAUUACUGUUCGUUCUGGUACAACACUUCAAUCAUUAAAACAACAGAUAGAAAAAGAAACAGGUAUUAAUUGUGCUAAUCAAUAUUGGUUUGCUUUUGAUCGAUAUCCAAUUUCUAAUGAAUAUGUAUUCGGAUCUUCAGUAUCAAUAGUUUCAAAUCAAAAUCAACAACGAUCACCAAUCAAUCCUAUUCGAUCUGGUGAUACAUUAAUCAUGUACAUUUCUCAAAUGUCUCAUUUGCAUUAA